UCACCGAAUCAUCACCCCACACGCACCCAAAGAGAGAAAGAGAGAUCCAUUCUCCUCCCACUUCCCAAAUUGGGCCGCCACUAGAAUAAUCUUCGCUCAUCGCUAUCGUCAUCAUCCCCACAACUAACCCACUUUUCUCCGCAUCUUCCUCUUCCUAAAGCCUCCAUAUUUAUCCGAGAUCGUGAUUUAAGAAUCUUACACAAAGUCUAGAUUUUGCAAUAAGGGUUUUCCUCACAGAGACAUGUCUUCCAUCAAUCUAUCCUCUCCCUCUCAUUCCAUCACCCCUCUUCCCCGCUCAAGAUUGAGCCAAACUUCUACUACACCUAUCCACCGUGUUACUUUACCAUCUAACCACCACACACCUUCCUUUUCAAUUAAAACCAUUACCAAAGUGAAAGCUUCAGUGAUCUCUAGUGAAGAUGAUCUGCUCCUCUCUUACACCAAUGGAAACUCUCCCAUCCAAGAUCCAUUACAGGCAGAUUCGGUUUCACUUGGAACACUUGCUCCUACUGAUUCAGCUAAUGCACCACCUAAUGGUUUCGUUGCUGAAGAUGAUGACUAUGAGUUGGAUUUACCUACACCUGGUUUCUCUUCUAUCCCUGAAGCCAUUCAAGAUAUUCGCCAAGGAAAGCUUGUGGUGGUUGUGGAUGAUGAAGAUAGAGAAAACGAAGGAGAUUUGGUCAUGGCUGCUCAGUUAGCUACUCCUGAGGCUAUGGCCUUUAUUGUCAAACAUGGAACUGGGAUAGUUUGUGUGAGUAUGAAAGAAGAUGAUCUCGAGAGAUUGAACCUUCCCUUAAUGGUGAACCAGAAGGAGAAUGAAGAAAAGCUUUGCACUGCUUUCACAGUGACUGUUGAUGCUAAAAAUGGUACAACGACAGGAGUAUCAGCUCGUGACAGGGCAACAACGAUACUCUCCCUUGCGUCUAGAGACUCAAAGCCUGAAGAUUUCAACCGUCCAGGGCAUAUCUUCCCUCUCAAGUACAGAGAAGGAGGGGUUUUGAAAAGAGCUGGACACACUGAAGCAUCUGUUGAUCUCACUGUUUUGGCUGGACUUGAUCCUGUUGGAGUAUUGUGUGAGAUUGUUGAUGAUGAUGGUUCCAUGGCUAGAUUACCAAAGCUACGUGCAUUUGCAGCUGAGAAUAACCUGAAGAUUGUCUCCAUUGCAGAUUUGAUCAGAUAUAGAAGGAAGAGAGAUAAGCUUGUGGAACGUUCUUCUGCAGCUCGGAUCCCAACAAUGUGGGGACCUUUCACUGCUUAUUGCUACAAGUCUAUAUUAGAUGGAAUAGAGCACAUCGCAAUGGUUAAGGGAGAGAUAGGUGAUGGUCAAGACAUUCUAGUGAGGGUUCAUUCAGAAUGUCUAACAGGAGACAUAUUUGGAUCAGCAAGAUGUGAUUGUGGGAACCAGCUAGCUAUUUCGAUGCAGCAGAUCGAGUCUACUGGUCGUGGUGUGUUGGUUUACCUGCGUGGACAUGAAGGAAGAGGGAUUGGGUUAGGACACAAGCUCCGAGCUUACAAUCUACAAGAUGCUGGUCGUGACACUGUUGAAGCUAAUGAGGAGUUAGGACUUCCUGUUGAUUCUAGAGAGUAUGGAAUUGGUGCACAGAUAUUAAGAGAUUUGGGAGUGAGGACGAUGAAGCUGAUGACGAAUAAUCCGGCUAAGUAUGUUGGUCUGAAGGGAUAUGGAUUAACUAUUGUGGGAAGAGUGCCUCUGUUGAGUCUUAUUACAAAGGAGAAUAAGAGAUAUUUGGAGACAAAGAGGAGUAAGAUGGGUCACAUGUAUGGUUUGAAGUUCAAUGGUGAUGUUGUGGAGAAGACUGAUAAUACUGAAACCAUCUGAGCCUUGAGUCUUAAGCUUGAGAACCGAGUAGAACCAAACCGGGGAGACAAAUAUAUAAUACUUCAGAAAACCAGGAAAGAUAUUUGACACACAGAGAGCAAGGCAAGAGAAUACUUUUGAUAUACUUGAGGAAGUUCAUUGGAUUGGUUUUGUAUUCUUCUAGUAUGUUCUUUAUCUGAUUAUUUACAUUUCUUAUGUUACGGAUUUUUCAACAUUGUUAUGUUCCUGUUGAGUAGUUGGAUUUGAUUUGUUGAACUGUGAAAUGAGGAAGCUUUGUAGUGUACAAUUUAUUAAAUAAAAU